AUGAUCGAUAAACCUCCCAUCAGAAUCGGAAAUGUCUCCGGCGCGACAGGCGACCACCCCCACGCCAUGGCGCGGAUGCUGCGCUCCGGCAACGUCCAAGUAAUCACGGGUGACUGGCUCUCCGAGAUGAACAUCGCCUGGAACGCCAUCACCAAGCGAGAUGUUGACCCGAACCUCGGCUACGAGAACGGCUUCUACAAGCAGCUCGAAGAAUGCAUCGACGACAUCAUGACAAAAGACGUCCGGGUCGUAACCAACGCCGGAGCGCUCAAUACCGUUGCGUUGUUCGACAAGAUCAAAGGACUGUGCAAGAGAAAAGGAUAUCAUGAGAGUGUGGCUGCCGCAGUUUUGGGAGACGAUGUCUCUGGGCUACUUCAAGACACUUCGAAGAGAGGGAAUUUGACAUUCCCGCACCUGGAUCAUCCGGAGACCACCCUCGAUGACUGGGGGUUUGAGCCAUGUUGUGGCAACGCAUACAUUGGCUGCUGGGGAAUCGUAGAGGCUCUCAAAGCAGGCGCGCGCAUCGUAGUCUGUGGACGAUGUACCGACGCUUCGCCCGUCAUGGGCGCCGCGGCGUGGUACUACGGCUGGAGAGAAGACCAACACCAGGAGCUGGCCGGCGCGCUGCUCGCGGCGCACUUGAUCGAAUGCGGACCGUACGUCGUAGGCGCCAACUUCUCCGGCUUCAAGGACUUCCUGCCAGAGCUGAUUGAUCUCGCGUUCCCUGUAGCUGAGAUUUCUCGCGACGGCGAAUGCGUCAUCAGCAAGACUAACGAGGGCGGGGGCCAUGUCACGCGGGACACCGUCACGGCCCAGCUGCUUUACGAGCUGCAGGGUCAUCUCUACCUCAACCCCGACGUGGUAGCCGACUUUUCCAAGGUCCGCGUCGAGGCGCAAAAAGGUUCCGAGGAAGAUCGCGUUCGGGUGUGGGGUGUCAAAGGGCUUGCGCCUCCGGCGACAACGAAGGUUAUGUUCGCUGCCGAAGGCGGCUACCAGGCCGAGGCAACAUUCUACAUCAACGGGCUUGACGUGGACGAGAAAGUGACCAUGAUGAAGAAUCAGCUGGGAUACCUGUUCAAGGAUAGUAAUUUUAGCAGGCUGAGCAUCGAGCAGUACGGCACACAGGCGCAGAACCCUAGCUCUCAGCAGAUGGGCACCGUACAGCUCCGCGUAUUCGCUCAGGCGCGAAAGAAAGAGGACAUUGCAGCCUUCAACUUCAAGGUUCCCAUUUAUGCCGUAAGAAUGCAGAGUUACCCCGGAUAUCACAUGUCGCUAGAUUUUCGCACCAUGGAUCCGAAGCCGUUCAUGGAGAUGUUCCCGGCACUGAUACCACAAUCAGCAAUCGACCAUCAAGUGCUCCUGGGCACAGGCAAGCUGAUCUCCGUGGCUCCGCCUCACAACACAGCGUUAUAUAAGGUCGAAAGACCGUCUGCCGACACGGUGGAGCCGAUUGAUAUCGUCUCUUUGGGUCCAACCGAGUUCGCGCCUCUGGGCAGUAUCGUCCACGCUCGUUCUGGCGACAAGGCCGACAACUCAAACGUGGGUUUCUUCGUUCGCAACGAAGAUGAGUAUCCCUGGCUACGGACCCUCUUGACCGUGAGUCGGCUGAAGCAGUUGCUGGGCGACGACUGGUACAAAAGUAACCCAGACCGAAGGGUCGAACGAGUCGAGUUCCCCGGUAUUAAUGCUGUGCAUUUCCGCAUCCUGGACAACUUGAAUGGAGGAAUCGCAUCAUCAGAUAGGAUAGAUGGCUUGGGCAAAGGGAUUGCUGAGUACCUGCGGAGUAGAUACGUUGAAGUGCCACGAGUAUUCUUGCAACGAGGUAGAAUUUGA